UCAGAAUGAAUUCCAGGCUGAUAACGUUGCUAAAAAAGAUGGCAGAGUUUAAGGUAUUACUAAGAAAGCAUGUAAUGGUCCAUGGUUUAUUAUCUUUUUGCAGCUGCUACUAAUCUUUAUGUUAAACUCAAGUGUGAAAUAUCUUCUGCGAAAAAGUUUUUGGAGUUGCUGUCUAAACAUUCCUCUACUUAUUUUAAGACAAUGGGGAGUUUAGGGGAUCGAUUAACCAAAAACAUGGGAAGGGAAUUUUCUAAACUUCUAGGUCCUGACGAGCAUGAUCUUGUGACGUUGUGGUUCGAGGAAGAACGCAUGAAUGAGCUAGUCCAGAAAAAGAAGGAACCAAAGGAGAAGGCACGAGAUGCUUGUGAGGCUAGUUGGUCCAAGGUUAUGAUCUCUUCUGGGCUUCUUUCUUAAAACUAUAUAUGUGGUUUAU